CCCUUUUCCUCAUCAAACCCUAACCCCGCGCCGCGCGCCCCCGAUCGCCUCCGAUCUCGGCGGAGCGAGGCGAUGGCGGAGGAUCCCGCGGCGGCGGCGGUGGGGGGCGGCGGCGGCGGCGGCCGAGGCGGAGGAGGAGGGACGCGCAUCGUCGACCUCACGGACGACGCGCUCCGCGCGGUGCUCGCGCGGAUGGAGAGGGGGGACGAGAGGGACGCGUUCGGGCUCGUGUGCAAGCGCUGGCUCCGGAUCCAGAGCACGGAGCGGCGCCGCCUCCGCGCCCGGGCGGGGCCCGCCAUGCUCCGGCGCCUCGCCGCGCGCUUCUCCGGGCUCGCCGAGCUCGACCUCUCCCAGUCGGCGUCGCGGUCCUUCUACCCGGGCGUCGUCGACGCCGACCUCGACGUCAUCGCCGCCGGGUUCCCGAACCUGCGAGUGCUCAAUCUCCAGAACUGUAAAGGCAUUUCUGACAUGGGGUUGAUAGCUUUGGCCGGCGGCCUUCUCUCCCUCCAAUCCUUGGACGUUUCCAAUUGCCGAAAACUCACCAACAAGGGGUUGACAUCCAUUUCGUCCGGCUGCCGCAAUUUGAGAAGUUUACAUGUUGCCGGAUGCAAAUCAGUCACUGACAAUCUCCUCCACUCUCUCUCCAAAAAUUGCCUGCACUUGGAGGAGCUAGGGUUAGCUGGGUGCGGUAACAUAACUGAUUCUGGCCUCUCUGUGCUUGCGGACGGGUGCCGCCACAUCAGAUUCUUGGAUCUCAGUAAAUGCUCCAAGAUUGGUGAUAUUGGGGUCUCUAAAAUUGCGGAAGCCUCUUCUUCUUCUUUAACUUCACUUAAAAUUUUAGAUUGCUUCAAUGCCGGUGAUACAUCCAUCUUCUCUUUGGCCAAGUCCUGCCCUAACCUGGAAACCCUAGUAAUCGGUGGCUGCCGUGAUAUCACUGACGAGUCCAUAGAAACCCUGUCGGUCGCUUGUUCGCAAAGCCUGAAGAGCUUAAGGAUGGACUGGUGUUUGAAUAUUACAGACUCGUCGCUGCGGUGUUUGCUUUCCCAUUGCCGACAUCUGGUCGCUCUCGACAUUGGGUGUUGCGACAAAGUGACCGAUUCAGCUUUUCAGGUGCUUGGAAUGGUGGCUUUUGAAUUGGCCCUUAAAGUUUUGAAGGCCAGCAACUGCUUAAGGAUCACUGUUUCAGGAGUAGGGAUUGUAUUAGAUUACUGCAAGGUGUUGGAGUAUCUCGACCUUCGAUCAUGCCCGCAUGUUACGAGGGCGAUAUGCGAGCAAGCCGGGUUGCAGUUCCCGGAGAGCUGUAGAGUAAACUUUGACGGGAGCUUAUCGGAGAAUCAUGGGAUAGUUGAUGUCUUCUUCUAAAGAAACCAUUGUGCGCCUUUUGUACGUCGAUAUAUCGAUAUAAUAUCUCAAAUUCAGAAAUGGCCUGGUGCAACUUUGUAGAUACUUGGAUACUUUCAAAAACCCUAGUUCUAUUUAUGAUGACUCUGUACAUUAUGUAGGCUUGGUGGACCAGGUGAUGCAAAGAAUCAGUAAAUGGAACUGCAUGGUUUUAGUCGGUGUUGGUUAUAAGAUGGCUCUGGUAAUAAAUCAGUGUCUUUCCUGUAGCAUUCGGCCAGCGGCAGGUUUUAUUGUGGCAAACGCUUUUGUGAUCAGAGAAUCUUUAGGUAUAUAUCAUGAACUUCUUAAACA